GGAAUGCUUUCAUAAAAUGUGCUCGGUCCGUAGCGGCUAUACAUUUUUCGUGUCAUAUGUGGUUGCAAAGCUAUUACGCGUUGUAUAACGCGCGAAUACCCAGUGAUGUUCCUCAUCAUAUUCCUGCUGCUCUUCGGGAACUCCCUGUCGUCCGAAUUCAACAACAGCAUCCUGCUAACACCGCCCUGGGAGUUGGAGGGAAACUGCCCUUCUCUGCCCGAUACCUGUGGAGAGAACCCGCCGGAUAAUCCGUGUCUUACAUGCAACAGUACCGGGAUCUGUACCGUGUACGUUGCCGUGGUGCUACCCAGUUCCGAGUUCUACAUUGUACACCUGAACAGGUCCAAGCAAAUUCUAAAAGAAGCGGAAAACAGGACCAGGGAUCUUCAGUUACUGUCCGACAAUAUUGUCAUCGAAUACCAGUUUUACGAUGAUGGAUGUAGCCAGAGCCAAGUUUCUGGCGCUAUGGUGCAGGCCAUAACGGCCAAUGACGGUUGUUUGAAUGUCAUGUUUGGUCCGAUAUGCGAAUAUCCGUUGGCCACAGCAGGAAGAAUGGCAAAGUAUUUGGGAAAUAAUGGGGUUCCCCUGAUAACCCCUUUGGGAUUAAGCUUGGAUUUUACGAACAAAAAGACCGUCUUCAAUAAUGAGAUGUACCUUAUGAUAAAUUCUGGAUCUGUUGAUUUUAGAUCUUACUCUGAAUUUCUGCAUUUAUUAAUGAACAGGUUCGGUUGGCGGAAACUGGUGCUGAUGUACGAGAAAAACCAACAAGUUGAAGUAGGAGGCGAGCAAACCUGUUAUUUAUUCAUGAAAACAUUGAUCUAUGAGAUACAAAACAUCUCGAACUUGGACUAUGUAGACGGGGACGUUGAUUUGCUAGGCUCUAAUUACACGGACUUUUUGCAAGACAAAGUCGGGGUCAAAUACGGAAUUAUACUGACGUGCGCCAACCAGCAGAACAUAAGGGAAAUUAUCAUCGAGGCAGCCAAACUGAAUAUGAUGGACCGAGGGGAAUACACCUUCCUCAACUUCGAGCUAUACAACAAUGCCACCAUACCGUCCAAACCUUGGUACAACAGCGACGACACGAGAGCAAACAACGAGCUAGCCAGGAGAGGCUACCAGGCCGUUUACACUUUCAUGCCCAUACGGGAAACUAACUUCGAUAAAAUCGAAGAGCAGGCACAGAGAGGAUCGAUUUAUCUCGACAGUUUGUACGACAGCAUGAUGAUGUACCUUCAGGCUUUAAAUCGGUCCCUCAACGAGGACGAAUCUGGGAAUUUCAUGUCCAACCAAACGUUGCUCGGCUGCAAAGUGGCCCAUCAGAUGAUGGGAAGGACUUUCUUAGGGAAAUCCGGGCAGCAGAUGGUGAUGAACUGCAACGGGCAGAGGACUGCACAGUACGCCCUCCUAAAUGUAAAUUCAAGCGGAGAGUACGAGAUAGUUGGAAUUUAUUCGACCUCGAAUAAAUCCAUCGAUAGGUGGACCGUCAGAUGGCCGUUUGGGGAGCCCUCGGACACACCUGCGUGCGGAUUCGAUUUGUCGAAAUGUCCAACUUACGAUAAGGUGAAGAUCCUUUUUAUUUGUCUGAUAUGCGUCACGUUUCUGGGGUUGACCGCGGUGGCUAUUAUUUUGUACAGACAGUUCAAACUCAGAUCUGAAAUUGAAGCAAAAGCUUGGAAGGUGAAUUACAACGAUAUUUUAUUUCUACCAGCGAAGGCCCGGAGCAGUUUUCAGUCCACCGCAUCCAUAAGGACUGACAUCGAUGGUUUCAGCAUGGCCGGCGACAAGCAGCUGUACGCCACUGUAGGUUUCUACAAAUCAAUUAGAGUAGCGGUGAAAUUCCUGCAGGACGUCAAGAUAGAUCUAAACCGUAGCGAGCUGUACGAAUUGAAAGUUAUGAAAGACUUAUCGAACGAUAACUUAGUGAAGUUCUACGGCGCCUGUUUGGACAUACCGAACUGCAUCCUGACGGAGUACUGCCCCAAGGGAAGCCUCCAGGACAUCCUCGAGAACGAACAGGUGAAAUUGGACUGGACCUUUCGGAUGUCCUUGAUAAUGGACUUGGUGCGCGGGAUGCAUUACCUUCACCGUAGCGCAAUUAAGUCACACGGUGCCCUGAAGUCGUCGAAUUGUUUAGUGGACAGUCGGUUCGUUCUAAAAAUUGCCGAUUUCGGGCUCAACUUCCUGCGGAUCCACUCGAACGAGGAUUUGUUCGACGUCGAGUCGCACUCGUACUGGGAACGACAGCUGUGGUCGGCUCCGGAGCUUCUGAAUUCCGAUCCGUUCCCCCCCGGCGGCACCCAGAAAGGCGACGUUUAUUCCUUCGGGAUAAUAAUGCACGAGAUAAUCAUGAGGCAAGGCGUUUUCUACCUAGGAGAUCAGUACAGGGAACCUAAGAAAAUCAUAGACACCGUCAAGAAAGGUCCAGACGCGAACAACGGCCAGCCCUUGAGACCCCACUUGGGACCAGAAGCCCUGUGUGGUGACGAAGUGGCACAGCUUAUGAACAAAUGUUGGGCCGAAGAUUCAAUUGACAGACCAGAUUUCGCUACUCUCAAGAACAAGUUGCACCAGCUGAACAAAAAAGACAGCGAUGGGAACUUAUUGGACAAUCUGCUCGCCCGCAUGGAGCAAUACGCAAACAACUUGGAGACUUUAGUGGAGGAGAGGACUGCCGAUUACUUGGAGGAGAAGCGCAAGUGCGAGGUGCUGCUCUACCAGCUCCUCCCCAAGAGCGUGGCGCAACAGUUGAUAUCAGGCGAGUCGGUGAUAGCCGAAACAUUCGACUCUGUGACCAUCUACUUCAGCGACAUCGUCGGUUUCACUGCUCUGUCUGCUCAAAGCACCCCUCUUCAAGUUGUGGAUUUGCUCAAUGAUCUAUACACGUGCUUUGAUUCGAUUAUCGAGAACUUCGACGUUUACAAAGUGGAAACCAUAGGGGACGCUUACAUGGUUGUUUCCGGUUUGCCAGAGAGAAACGGCAACAAACAUGCUGGAGAAAUAGCUCGUAUGUCCCUCGCCUUGCUAAAGGCAGUGGGGAAAUUUCAGAUCCGCCACAGACCCGAAGAUCCUCUUCAACUUCGCAUAGGCAUACACACAGGUCCUUGCGUCGCAGGGGUGGUAGGCCUGAAGAUGCCCCGCUACUGCCUCUUUGGCGAUACCGUCAAUACCGCUUCUCGCAUGGAAUCGAACGGGCUGCCUUUGAAGAUACACGUCAGCCCAAUAACCAAAGGCGUUCUCGAUACAUUCGGGACAUUCGACCUGGAAUGUCGCGGCGAAGUGGAGAUGAAGGGCAAAGGAAAAAUGGUAACUUACUGGCUGAACGGAGAGCGUACAAACAACAAGGUCGUAACAAAGCCAGGGCCGUCUCUGGAACAUAAAAUGAACAAACUUCCCACCACUCCAAUUCCCAUGAACGUCCGCAAAGAGAUGGCUAAUAACGGGAAACUGUUAAACGCUAUGGGAACUCCAGCCCAUCAAAACGAUGAGGCUGAAGUACCAUUAUUAGCCAUAACUUCGCCUCUGGAUUAUCAUUCAGACUCCCAUGCUUGAACUAGCCCAGAACUAAAUUCCUGGUAGCUGUUCUUGUUCUGGGAAUGUUCUUUGUCCAGACUAUGUGCCCCUUUCUGAACCACCCGCUUAGUUAUAUACAUUCUCUGUGUUGCCUAUAUGUAACCGAUGGUACGUGAAUGUUUUCCGGUGUUUAUAUAUGUCGACGUCUAAGGAUGUUAAAUAAAUGUAGAACGUUGCUCAGUAUUAUCUACUUUUGAACUUUAUCGAUGUAUGAUUGUUAUCAAGGCAGAAAAAUUGCUUUUCUUAAAUGUCAUUGAUGUUUUGAGGAUAUCGGCAGUGUUAUGAUAUAAGCUGAAUUAUCGUAAUGUCUCUUUGAUGUGAUAAAAGAAAUGUUAUGUUGUAAAAUGGAUAAUAGCUGUUUAGGUGUAUCACAGUGCACAGAUUAUUCAAGUCUGAAUAUCGCAAACAUUGGUGUUAGAUGAUAUUACCGAGAGAUUAAAUUGUGCACAUGAAUGUUACUUACGACUAGUUGAAAUAUAUUUGUACAACCCUAGAUGCUGCCUCACAUAUACCUAAAUACUUCCUUGAUAAAGUAGCGAAGUCAUACAUUAUAUAGUCUCUUUUACACAAUGAAAAGGACUGCUUGUAAACGGUUGGUACCUGCUUAGAAUUGCGUGGUUCGUUGCUGUUUCGUAACACUACCAAGCUUUUCUUAACGAAUGAGACGGGAAACUGUGUGAACAA